CCAAUUACAAAAAUAGAAAUACAGUACCGUCGACACCGCCGCAGUGUGCCGGCUUUCACACGCUUUUAACCUUAAAGUAUAGUAAAACAGUCUGUCAGUGGUUGUAAAGUUACAUCGCAAAAUGUCCCAAGACGGCGGCUUCUUCAAAAAGUUCCAUGAAACCAUAAACCAGAAUAUAGACGACGUUACAAGGAACAAUUUCGCCAAUUUAGAAUGCAACGCUAAACGUGUUUCGUACUUGUGCAGUUUGCCUGUUAUAAAAAGUUACGAUAUUCGUGGGGACGUAGAGAAAUGUCAGACCAGCGGCGAUUUCCCGGUGAAAAAAGAUAUGGAAAAAGCGCGGCAGUUGAAGGAUGAAGGGAACAAGGCGGUGCUGAAAGGGAACUGGGGCAAGGCGCUGCAGAUGUACAGCCAGAGCAUGCUCUAUGUGCCGGCGAAGGAAACUGACGAGCUAUCAAUCUUGAUGGCGAAUCGAUCGGCAGCUCUCAACCACUUGGAGCAAUACGAGGAAACCCUCGCAGACAUCAAGCGGUGCCUGUCGCUCGGGUACCCUCGGCACUUGAGGUACAAGGUCUACGAGAGGAGGGCCCGGACUCUCCUGGUCCUCAAAAGAAAUAAGGAGGCAAUAUCAGCUUUUCAAGAUACAAUUACCGCACUCGAUGAAGCAGAUAAGCUUGAUAAGGAAAAGAGACAGAAAAUGAGAACUGACGCUAAACUCAUGUUAGAAAUUCUAAACAAAGGUCUAGUUCUAGCAGGCAACCCAAAAGACCCAGAACCAUUGAAGAAAACUCCCCCAAAACCUAAAUUGCCGGGUAAAAACAACCCCCAAUACCCCGCCGCUUCUGAAGCUAUACAAAUCGACCAGGAUGAUGUGAGAGGUAGAUUUGCUACAGCAACUAGAGAUAUACAAGUUGGAGAAAUUUUGCUCGUAGAAAAGCCUCAUAGUGGAGUCUUGCUUGGGGAAUAUUCUAAGACACAUUGCCAGAAUUGCUUCAUGAAGUGCCCGAUUCCACUGCCAUGCCCGAAAUGCCCUAACGUAAUAUUCUGCAGUGAAAAAUGUUUAGAGAUUGCGCAGAAAUCGUACCACGCCUACGAGUGCCAUAUACUUCCCCUUCUUUGGAAGUCUGGGUGUUCAGUGACAUGCCAUAUAGCGUUAAGAAUGAUCACACAAAACAAGAAAGAUUUCUUCACAAAUAUUUACAAAGACCUUGAUACCAAGUCUACUGGGCCUUACAAAACUGACGAUUACAGGAACAUCUACCACUUGGUAGCCCAUGAAGACAAGAGAACCAAACAGGACUUCUUGCAUAGAACACAGAUGACAGCGUUCUUGGUAAAAUUACUAGAGAUCAGCGGAUACUUUGAAGGAAAACCGAGAGAUACGCCAGUGAAUCUUGAAGAGUUGAAGUCAAUGGCGAUUGACGAGAAAUACAAAGACGACGUCGCUGUAAUCGGUGGUCUGAUACUGAAAAACCUGCAAGUUCUUCAAUUCAAUGCCCACGAAGUCUUUGAACUGCAGUGUCCGAGGCCGAAAGUUGGGCAGUGCGUUAUUAAGCACGGUGGAAAGUCUGUCUUCCUGGCUGGAGCGGUAUUCCCGACCCUUGCUCUUUUCAACCACAGUUGUGACCCCAGUGUAGUCAGGUAUUUCUGCGGCCCCCAGAUCGUAGUUCGUGCUGUCAAAAACAUCAAGAAAGGCGAGGAAGUGUCCGAGAACUAUGGCCCCAUAUUCACGAUGGUGCCCAAAGAAAAGAGGCAGGCAGACCUGAAAGAGCAAUACUGGUUUGACUGCAACUGCGCGCCUUGUAAGGACAACUGGCCUCUGUAUACUGAGAUGAAUGAGAACUACAUGCGGUUCAAGUGCGACUCGGACCGUCCGUGUCCCAACGUGGUGGCGGUUCCCCAUGACUGCAAGGAGUUCAUGGUGCAGUGCGGCCUCUGCCAGCAGUAUACCAACAUUCUAAAGGGACUCAAGUCUUUGCAGGACACUGAAAUGAUGUACCGCCUGGGUCGUGCAGCAAUGGAAGAGGGCAAAUACGGAGAAGCUGUUAAGAAGUUCAUUGAAGUUAUAAAACUGUAUGACGCUACACUGGCACCGCCAUACCGAUCAUACUAUGACUGCGUACAGGACCUAAGAAGCUGUAUGCUGGCUGUUGGAAACUACAGCAUUGUUUAAAAACUGUAUUUUGUUAUUUAUUUUUCUUCUGUUUUGUUUGUUUUAAUACUAAUCUUAAAUAAAUGUUGGUCAUUAAAA